ACACGGGAAAAAUGAUUAAUUCAAGAAAAACAAUUAACAGAAAGUAAACAAACAAUGCCGGUUGAUAUUAACCGGCUGACGGAGGGCUGGCUGGAACUCGAAAGCGAUCCCGGUCUUUUUACGCUUUUAUUGGAAGAUUUUGGUGUAAAGGGAGUCCAGGUCGAAGAAAUAUAUGACCUACAAAAGUCACUGGAAGGUCCUGUCUAUGGAUUCAUAUUUUUAUUCCGUUGGAUCGAAGAACGUAGAUCAAGAAGAAAAGUGGUGGAGCAAGAUGAAAGCUUUGUAAAAGAUGAAGACAUCGUUAACAACAUAUUUUUUGCACAGCAAGUGGUACCAAACAGCUGUGCAACGCAUGCGUUGUUAUCGGUUCUACUUAAUUGUCCAAACAUCCACCUAGGUACGACGUUGUCUCGACUGAAGAUGCACACAUCUGGGAUGUGUCCAGAAAAUAAAGGCUGGGCCAUUGGUAAUACUCCGGAGCUAGCUUGUGCUCACAAUUCUCAUGCCAUGCCUCAGGCAAAGAGACGACAAGACAAAAACACUGGAGUCUCUACCGGCAGAUUUACUGGUGAGGCAUUUCAUUUCGUUAGUUAUGUACCGAUCAAUGGAAGACUUUUUGAGUUGGAUGGCUUAAAGCCAUAUCCUAUGGACCAUGGUCCUUGGAAAGAACACGAGGAAUGGACGGAGCAAUUUAGGCGAGUGAUCACAGAUCGAUUAGGUAUGGCAACGGGGGAACAAUUGCAGGACAUUCGUUUCAACCUGAUGGCUGUAGUGCCGGAUCGACGCCUAGCUAUAUCUCACAAAUUAACAAUGCUGAAAACCAACAGGCAGAUAGUCUUAGAGGCUUUGCAGCAACUCGUCAAACUGAGUCAUCAGGAUGGAACCGGUGAUAAAAGUGGGCUAGACUCGGACAGGUCCAUUGAGAAAAAGUAUGAUAGAAAUAGGUCCGACGAUGAUCACGUUAUGACAAAGUCAGAAAUGGAGACCUCGUCAACCGUUCCGACGAUCAGUGUGGAGAGAUGUCAUGAGUCUGCCGAUGGCGAGGAAUCAUCUUGCAUUGGUACAGCUGUCAAGACUGAAACUAGAUAUGGCAUGGAGAAAGUUGUAAUGUGUGCUCUGGAUUAUGCGACGCCACUUCGCAUUCAAACGUCACCAGCACACAGCUCAUCUAGCACGGAUACUUCUUCGGAAAUUGGAUCUGCUUUCAAUUCUCCUACACAAGCAUGGGGUUGGAAUUCUGGCCAGAGCAGUCCCACGUCGACAAAGGAUUUCAAGAAAUUUGUUGUGAUUAGAGUGGCAGGAGACGAAAAGAACGAAGCGGGCUUGAGUCGCUCCUUAGGCAAUAUUAACAUAAACGGCAAAAGACUAGUUUCGGAUAGUGGACAUUUGCAUAAAAAGGUAUGCUUGUCUGGAGAAGUAAGGGUGCCACAUGCGCGAGUGAAAACAAGUAACGGAGACACGGUAACGGAAGAGAAGAAAGUCGAGAAGAUGGACCCGAAAUUGUGCUCGAAAUACCCAGAAUUAUUCGAACCGCAUACAUUCGCGCCUAAAGACCUCCUUGCUCUUCUUAAAAAUCUAGAGCACGAGAUCAGUAUUUGUGAAAAUAGUCUGAAGGACGAGAACGAUAAGAGGAACAAAUACAAGGUGCGUCCUCUGUUUAUUAUAUUAUACUUUAUCGUUCUGGCAAACUUAUUAGAUCAAAUAACUCACCUGGAAUUCCAGAUCGACGAUUGUCGAAGAACACAUAAUUACGAUGAAUUUAUUUGUACGUUCCUUUCGAUGCUGGCACAACAAGGAAAAUUAGCAGAAUUGGUGCAGCAGCAUUUAACAUUAAAGAAACAUACAUCCGUGUCCGUCAACAGGGUACAUCGGUCUUCGAAGAAAACGGAAACCCGACAAAAUUCUUCACGCAGACGUCGAGGAAGGACUAAAUGUAAAAAACGGAAGUGAAAUUAGUCCGUUAACAUUAAAAUGUCGAAUCAACAUCAGCCGAUAACUCUGUAGUACCUCGUGCUCUUGGAAUGGUUGGCGCGUAAGUUAUCCUUCACUUUGAAGCCAUCGGUCAAAUUUAGUCAUUUUCAUCAGGAUUUUGAUAGCUGCACUCUAUUCGUGUUUCGUCUUUUAAUGUGUAUCAUAAACCCAGUAAUCAUGUGUCAUUCAGGGCUCUAUUCCAGGGUCAUGUUUUAGCGAUAGUUUCUUUUUCUAUUGCAAAUGUACAAAUUAAUUCUCGUGUGUAUCAACGUUUACGAUUUUACUAUUUAUACACAUUUUAAGCGCCCCACAGAAACGCUAUUUUGUUUUUAUAUUGCUUACACUUUUUAUCGAAUAAAUCUUUCCUUGUAUCGACGA